AUGUGGUGGAGAUUCCCAAACCUAAGAAACAAUUCUAAAUAUAUCAAGAAUAAAGAAGAACAAUUAUUGGAUAAUCAAAAAGACAAUCAUGAAUUCAUUUCCCAAUCAAGAAAAAGAAUUAAUUUUGAUUAA